UUCCCUCCAAAAAAAAAAAAAAGAAAUAUUAUAAUAAAAAAAAAAAUUAGAUUCCCUCCAAAAAAAUCAAAAUUCAAAAACUCAAAAACCAGUGUCCAAAAAUGAGCUACAAUGGAGUGCUCUGAUUCCAAAGAAGAACCCAAAAAUGGCAGAUCAUCGAAUUGGGACGAUGACCAACCUUUCACCUUAGAAGACCUCGAAGCCAUCGAUGCAGUUUUCCAAUCCGCCUCAUCAAAAAGGCCUCGACUUUCCACCAACCACCAUCGCCGAUUGCCCAACUCCAUUCUCGCUCUCCAGCUUCCUAACUCCUCUCUCUCGCCCUGUCAAGCAAAGGCGAAGAUGAGAUUUAGAUACCCUGUGAUGAAGUUUUUGGGUGCAAUUAAAUAUAGUAGGACGAAUGUUGAUGUGGAGAGAGCUUCAAUGGAGGUUUUGAAAAUUGUUGAAGCAAAGAAAAUGGAAGUUGGUAAAGUUGCAAUUGGGUUUGAUAUUGAGUGGAGAGCCUCAUUUGUAAAAGGUGUUCCGCCUGGGAGGGCUGCGGUUAUGCAAAUAUGUUUGGACACUAGUCAUUGUUAUGUGAUGCACAUCUUCCAUUCUGGAAUACCAAAAAGUCUGCAAUUACUUCUUGAGAAUUCUAUGUUUUCCAAGGUUGGAGUUGGCAUUGGCAAUGAUUCUGUUAAGAUUUCAAAGGACUAUAAUGUUUCCAUCCAAGCAGUGGAAGAUCUUUCCUAUCUAGCCAAACAGAAGCUCGGUGGAGAUUCACAAAAGUGGAGUCUUGCCUCUUUAACUGAGAAUCUCAUCUCUAAACAGCUCCUUAAGCCCAAAAGAAUUCAACUAGGAAAUUGGGAAACCAAUGUUUUAUCAAAGGACCAGUUGGAGUAUGCUGCCACUGAUGCUUUUGUCUCAUGGUAUCUAUAUGAGGUUUUAAGAACUCUCCCUGAUAUUGAAAAGCCUCCGAUGAUCGAUGACGAAGGCGGUGAACUAAAAGAUGUGUCACCGCAGGAUCUUGCCCGUUCGCCGGACCAAAAUGUCACCGUUACACUAUAAAUCUAUUGAAUUUAUAUACUUAACUCUGAUAUUAUCGUUAAAUACCAAUUGGACUAUUACUGUAUUGACUUCGAGAUUUUACUUUUCUCAUUUCGCCCUAUUUCCUUUCCCAUUUUAGCAAGGGAAAUUGCCUUCAUGUGUAUUAAGCACACAAAACAAAAUAGAAGACUCCCACUUUUGAUGGGUAAAGUAAAAGGAUUGUUUAUUGUUGUCAUUAAAAA